AUGUCCACCCUCACCACAGCCGCCCAGUCGGCCGUCUACCGUCGUCAAACUCCUGCACCCGUCCAUCCCCGGCCGAACCUCACGGAUGACUAUGAACGAUGGUACACCGAAGCCGCCCCCAACAACCGAAUGCUUCUCUCCCUCCGCUCAGGGAUCGACUCGGAAGUGGCUUGGGCGCUCGACCGUCUUUGCCGACUUUGCCAGAAUGAGCAAUUCAUGCUCAUCGCUAUCCCGGGCUUGACAGACGCCCUCUUCGAGUGGCCCGAAUGGUACACCAAGCAGGGCGCAAAACUCUUCAGUGCCGACUCUGGCGUCUUCGCCGUCUCUCCACAGCAGGAGCGCAAACGGAGACAUGCCAUUGAGUCGCUCUUCAUCCUUCGCAAUGCUGCUAUGCAUUCAUCCAACGCGGAAGAGCUUGCACUCCAUCCCAAAACGCGAGACCUCAUCCUCUGUUCGUUGCACGACCUCAAGCCGGACUCGGACCCCAACUCUGAGUUCCUCCUCUAUGUCAUCGAAAUCCUCCAAUCCAUUGCCCACAACAUCAUCCUACCUCCACCGAAUACCUCCCCGAAGGCUAGCCCUAUAGCGCCUCUUCAGCAGAUCGCAGGGCUCUCGUCGAACCGCGCCUUGAUCGUCGCGGCGUUGACUGCUCUCACUGUCAUGUACUCAAACCCAAGUAACACCCCUCACCUCUACGCGGAAGCCCCUGCACUUGAGACCGCCAUGAACGUCCUUCCUCUUAUCCUCGACAAGGACCUCAUUGACGCCGCGCUCAAUUACAUGUAUGCGCACCUGUCCUAUCCGUCCAUGACCAAGGCAUUCCUGCGGCAUCCGCGAAUGCCGGGCACUUUGAGACUUCUGGUGUCGCUCAUUCUAGCUGACCAAAUGGAGGAGAAUGUCUCGUUUGAAAUCGGAAUGCCCGCAUACACCGUUCCGGCCCAGUCAUAUACUGCCAAGGACCACGAGCUGACGAAGGAGGAGCUCGACACGCUGCUUGCGAUGCAAGAGCCUCAAAGAUGCUACGAAUGGAUGAAGACCAUGUUCGUAGCCAAGCCCGACGGAGAGUUGACGCAAGUGGACUUUUGGAAUCUCUACAAGGAUGUCUUCUUGCCCUACCAGGAUCGACAUCCCUUGCUCGUCGCGUCUGACGUGAUCAAGAAUGUCAACACCGUCUUCCCCCAAGCACAAGCGAUGGUUCUCCCCGGUCCGCCCCAGCGAUUCGUCGUGCGUGGCGUAGACCGGCGGAAAGACUAUUCAGCUAGUGCGCAGUUCAAGUGCCAAUGGGAUCGCUCGCAAUGCUCCGCGGAGGCAUUCGCGUCGACGGAGGAGCUCUACGAGCACGUUCUCGACCAGCACCUCACUCCCUUCGAAGGCGCCCACAUGCCCUGCCUGUGGGCCACCUGCGCCCAGUCCGACAUCACCAAGGCGCAGAUGCGCGGACACGUCCUCACGCAUCUACCAGACAUGCAGCCUCCGCCCAAACACCCGUCCCAGCCGGACACCAUCACCCUUCCCUCCCAGGGAUACCAACACCCCGUCUCAGAGCCAACGACCCGCCCUUUACCACCGGCGCGCUCGACACGGGUGACAUACAUGCGGCCACACGUCGACCCGCCGCCGAGCUCGCUCACAGCGCUACUCUGCCUGCGUGUCCUCUUCCGCGCAUCGUUCGCGUCCGCAGACGCUGCUCCCCGCGCAGACGAGGACCACUUCGGGUUCCCGGGCGUUGUGGACGAGGAGGAUGAUGCAGAAGAGGAACGCAACAAGAGCACAGCAAGCGACAUGGAGGGCGAGCGGAGGGGAAGGAAGGCGUUCAUUGGCAUCCGGUAUCUGAUGGAGGACGUGCGGCUGCGGCAUGAGACGUUCCAGGGCUGGAUUACGGAGAUGGUUGACGCGGGGCUUUCGGGUACCACGACGUCGUGA